AUGUCGUGUGUCCAGGAUGCGGCCUUUGUGAGUUCCCUGGCGUACGAAUCAGCAAACGCAACGCUGAAGUGGGCCUUACCGUCGCUUUGUCACAGGGGCCAGUCUCGCAAUGUCGAUACUUUGACUUUACACUCAGGUUCAGCAACAUCAUCCUGUCCCUCCUGCCUUCUGCAUGCCUCGUCGCCGCUUGCCACUUUCGUCUACCAGCCCUUGCUGCCAAGAAAGAUCUAGCGCCUGGAAUCGUAGAUCCGGUGGGCACUGUGAGAGUAGCAGUCGCGACUCUUCAUGCCGUGCUCAACGCUGCAAGUCUGGCACUCGUCGUGGCGCAUAAUCGACUUUCGACGGCAUUGGACUCUCGCACCAUCAUUCCAGCUGCUUCGCUCAGCUUGGUCGCUGCUGUAAGUCUAGUGAAAAAGAUGCACAAAGCAAGAAGGCGGCCGCGCAUACACACUUGGCUCAAUACUCCUCAAUACAAUGUGUAGAUCGCUGCCAUUCCUCUGUCAUAUCUGGAGCGACGAAAGACGGCUCGUGGAGAUGCUCUCCUCCCUUUGUACCUCUUCGGAUCAUGUCUCUUCGACGCUUGUCGUAUUCGCACCUUUGCACACGUCGACGUGGUGCAUGGCUCCGCUUUCUUCGCCGUAAGCAUAGCUACUGUAGUGGUCAAGGGUUUUAUGCUCAUCAUUGAAAAUACGAGCGGUAUUCCAGUGAGUGUAUCAGCUUUCAUGGUGAAUCCAUGCAGGAGGACAGCAUGCGUUGACUAAUCAGUCAUGCCGAUAGUCUCAUACCCAUCCGGAGGAGAGGGCGAGCUUCGCUUCUAGACUGUUCUUCCUCUGGCUCUAUCCUACCAUCUGGAAGGGCUAUAAAUUGUCAAAGACAAGAGGCUUGCAGCUCACCGACCUAGACACACUUGCUCCAGAAUACUGCGGCAACUCGCUGCGCAUCAUCAUGGAAGAUGCUUGGCAGCCAGCCAGCCCCGCUGCCCUGGAACGACGUCGACAGAGACGUGCCGUCUCUCGGCAGACUGAACUGUUCGAAAUCUGGAAGGCGAGGAGCAACGGAAAGAAGAAGAAUGACAGCGACUCUUCGCUCGCGAUGGAGGACCUGGAGAUGAGGGAUGUUGAAGAACUUGAUGCAGCUCAGACUAGUCUUCCACCUCCACCUCACAAUCUGGUCUACGCUCUCGCCAUCGGCUUUCCCGUCUCUCUCUUCUUGCCCAUCAUUCCUCGACUCAUUGUGACUGCUGCAACGCUGGCGCAACCCUUCUUGGUCAGCAAGACGCUGGCAUUCGCUCAAAGUUCUGGUACCGCUACAGACAGCCCAACAGCCUAUGGGUGGGGUCUCGUUGGCGCCUACGCGCUAAUCUAUCUCGUCCUUGCUACUAGCAACGGGCAAUACUAUUGGCUUUCUGCAAAGACGAUGGUCAAAAUGCGCGGUGCAUUGAUCGAGAUCAUCUACGCCAAAAGUCUGCGCUUGCACCUGGAGGCCGCAAAGCGAACAGGAGGCGGUAAAGCAGCCAACCUCGUUUCUGUAGAUGUCGAGCGCAUCGUCAAGUGCGUCGAUCCUCUUCACACUCUCUGGUCUGGCUUCAUCCUGAUCGGAGUCGGCCUCUGGAUCUUGUAUUCACAGCUCGCGCUGGUGGGCUUUGUGGCUGCUCUUUUUUCCAUCUUCAUCGCCCUCGCUGUUCCGCCAUUCGUCUCAUCUAUGGGGGAGAACAUUGGCCAAAAGCAAGGCGCGUGGAGCAGAGAGACGGACGCUCGAGUCAAUCUGGUUUCUUCUGCCAUCAAGGACGCCAAAGGCCUCAAAUUUGCAGCAUACGAAGAUGCCAUCUCCAAGAGGCUCUUGACUGCUCGUGCCAAAGAGAUCGAGAAGGCCAAAGACUAUUUGCGCCGCUUAAUCCUCGUGGUUUGCGGAACGAAUAGCGUAAUGAACUUUAUGUCCUUCACAAUCUUCUCAGCUAUCGCCAUUGCGGAUUCCAUCGAUGGCGGGCGUCGCUUCAACCUCAAUAGUGUUUUCACCUCCCUCACAACGCUAGGCUUGCUAGAAGCUCCACUGCUCCAGCUGGGCCAGCAGUACGCCAGUAUUCUCGCCGCUUUUGCUUCUUGCAAACGCAUUGAAAGCUUUCUACGCGAAAACGAAAGACCGGAGCGCAGUGGCACUCUCGAUCACCGAAGUCAAGACUCUUUGCGUUCUGCAACUCCAGCGUCUGAUAGAAAAGACGCUGAUCUGUCCGCCUCUUCGAUUGAGGUGUUGGAGCCCGUAGACUCCACGGUAGCCGCGCGUUUUGAGCGCGCCACGCUAGGAUGGGGUUCCGGCAAGCCGAUUCUCAUCAACGUCGACCUCAGCAUCCCCGCUGGCAAAUUGACCAUGAUUUGCGGGAGGAUCUCCAGCGGCAAAUCGACAUUGCUGGCCGCUUGCUUAGGAGAAGCUGAUGUCUUGAGUGGCUCCACCCACCUACCACUUUCAAAAAAACCAGCAGUCUUCUGCUCGCAAGAUAGCUGGUUGAUGGAGGCGGCCAGCAUCCGUGACAACAUUGUCUUUGACGGCGUUUGGGACGCCGAAAGGUACGCAACGGCGUUACACGCCUGCGGUCUCGACACGGAUCUGCAGCAACUUCCCCAACGGGACCGCACUCCUGCCAAGUCGCUCUCCGGAGGUCAGAGACAGCGUUUGAGCGUUGCCCGGGGUGUUUAUGCCGAUGCAGACGCAUACAUACUCGACGAUAUCACUAGCGCUCUAGAUGCCGAGACCGCUGCGCAUCUUUGGCGCUCGAUCUUGGGCGACAGAGGACUGCUGCGAGGCAAGACGGUCAUCAUGGCUACCAAUGCCAUGCACCUCUUGCCUUCUGCUGCCCUUGUCGUUCGUCUCGAAGAUGGCAAAGUAGCAGAGGCAGCUCCGUACGAGUCGCUGAGUCUCAAAGGCAAAGCUGCUAUCCGUGCAAGCAUCGACACGGAUCGCCCAACCACAAUCGAUACGCGAGCUCCUCGGGAUGCCAAGAAGACGACCGCCGGAGUAGCCGAGACAGAUGAAGACAAGACAGAGGAGAUGGCUUCUGGUAGUGUGUCGUGGGGUGUCUAUGGUCUCUGGCUCAAAACGAUGGGAAUUUGGCUAUUCGUCAUCUCGCAGCUCGGCACCUGGGGCCAAGUCGGAGCAAACAUGGGUUGGCCUGUGUGGCUACAGCACUGGGCUAGAGUGGCAGACGCCCAGCCCGAUGGUCAGACCUUGCACGGGGCUGAGCUUGGCAAGUACAUUAUUGUCUUUCUCUCCUUAGCCCUGAUUUCGUUCGUAAGCUUGCCCAUCGAGCUGCAUGCCUUGAUGGUGAGGGGUACUGGCAAUGCAGGGACAAGGUUGCAUCAGAUGCAGCUGGCUGGAGUAAUGGGAACGAGCUUGGACUUCUUCUCCGUCAAUCCCGUCGGCAGGGUCGUCAACCGAUUCUCGCAAGAUCUCUUUACCAUCGAUUGGGAGCUCGGUCUUGCUGCUUCUAAUCUGUUCGGAAAUGGGGGCUUACUAGUUGGCCAAGUGAUCGUGCUCUCUGUGCCAGCGCCUUAUCUUCUCGCAGUAUUUGCUGGCAUCACCAUCUUCUACGUCUUCCUUCAGCGACUGUACAUGCCGGCAAGUAGGCAGCUUCGUCGCCUCGAGAUGGCGCAAAAGGGUCCACUCGUCUCCUCGCUUGGCGAGACCACCUCAGAAACGGGCUUAGCAACUUUGCGAGCUCUGGGCAGGCAGGCGACUUUCGAACGCAUCAUGACCGCACGACUGGACCAAGCACAGAAGCCGUACUACACAUUGUGGGCCGUCCGACGUUGGCUGCUCACCAGCUUGAACCUGCUCGCGGGAGUCAUCAGCUGUGGUCUUGUGCUCAUCGUUGUGCUCCUGCGCGAAUCGCAAUCAGUGGGAUUGCUGGGUGUCGCUCUGGUCCAAGCGACGUUGAUCGACCAGAAUCUCAAUCGUACACUCAUCUCGUACACCGAAUUCGAGAUCGCUGGUGUUGCUCUGGAGCGCAUCCGUGCGUUUGCGGACCUGCCUCCUGAGGAAGGCUCAAAGUCGCUCAAGACGGGCCAGUCCCGAAAAGCAAUCAAGCCAGCGGAUGUUCAGGGCGGUAUAAGGGUCAGUAACCUCACAGUCGCAUACACUCCCACGUCGCAGCCCGCCUUGCACAACCUCAGUCUGGACAUCAAAGCCGGCGAGCGAAUCGGAGUGGUAGGCCGAAGCGGGUCCGGCAAGUCGACGCUGUUGCUUGCCCUCUUCCGGAUGCUGGACUCGCGUGAGGGUACCAUCGAGCUGGACGGACUCGACAUCGACUCUGUUACCGCGCGAAGCUUGCGCAAUGCUCUUUCCAUCAUUCCCCAGAAUCCUCUCAUUUUGGCAGCAUCCGUGCGCGAUAAUUUGGACCCUGAAGGAGAGCACUUGGACGCCGAUUUGUGGGACGCAUUGGCAAAGACGAAGCUCGAUGUGUACGUGCGCUCGCUGUCUCAAGGUCUGCAGACCAUGCUCCUUACAAGCGAAGCGACGCUGUCGGCGGGGCAACAGCAGCUUUUCAGUCUUUCGCGAGCUAUAUUGCGACGACGCAAGGUGCUAGUGCUGGACGAAGCGACCUCUUCCAUGGAUCCACAAACAGAUGCAGAAUUUCAAGAAGUGCUGCAAACUUGCUUUAGCCACUGCACCAUCAUUGCCGUCACUCAUCGUCUAGCUACCGUCAUUGACUUUGAUAGAGUUCUCGUCCUUGGCAACGGCAGAGUGCUGGAGCUCGACACGCCGGACAGAUUGCUCGACAUUCCGGACGGAGUUUUCAGAUCCCUUGCUAAAGAACAAGGCCUUCUUCGCCGUCGUUGA